AUGUCCAGGAUUCCAUCAAUAAAAUGUGAGCCACAAAAUAUACUACUUGAUAAAUACAUCAAACAAGAACAUGAUAUCGCACACGAACAUAACAUUAAACAAGAACACGAUAUCGCACAUGAACAUAACAUUACACUAGAACAUGAUAUCGUGCAAGAACAUAACAUUAAACACGAACAUAUUGAUGAAUUUACAGAAUAUAAGCUUGAUUAUAAUGGAUAUUAUAAUCAAUCUACAUAUCAAUGUUACAAGGAAGAUUCUAAGAAUACUAAAGAAAAUGUUGAAGUUCUGAUAAAAUUUGAAAUGGAUGUAAUUGACGAUGUUAUAUUAUAUGAAAAUAUUUGUAUGCGUGAUGACAGUGAUUUGCCAUCAGUUUCGUCUACAAAAUAUUGUAUCAUUAACUCACACGUUGAAAACAAGCAUACAAAUUUCAAUCUUAACAUUGAAUCCUCCUCAACUGCAACUUUUACACCAAUUAAAAACAAAGCGAUGAAGUCUAAAAAAAAUGAUCAGAUACAAAAUGAAGUACACGCAAUUGACAGUGCUAUAUUUGAAAGUUUUGUUAAUCAUGAUAACAAUUGUAUACCAUCAGCUAAGUCUAGAACAUAUUAUGACAUGAACCCACACGUUGAAAACAAGCCAACGAAUUUCAAUCUUAACAUUAAAGCCUCAACUACACAUUUUAAGCCAACUAAAAGCAAAGCGAUAACGUCCAAAAAUGUAGAAAAACUACAUGAAUGUUUUAUUUAUAAUAAAUCUUUCUCGACCAACGGAUACAUGCAAAUUCAUUCUCGGAUUCAUACAGGAGAAAAACCAUACCAAUGUUUCAUCUGUAAUAAAUCUUUUACUCAAUCAUCAAAUUUAAAUACACACAAAAUUAUUCAUAAAUAUAAUAAGCCAUUUAAUUGUGCAAUUUGUAAAAAAUCAUUUGCACAGAAAGUGCAUAUACUAAGACACAUGAAUACACAUAAAACAUUAUUAUAA